UUAUUUGUUUGAAUAAUUCCGAAACUCCAUAAAAAAUAUUUUAUCAUAACCACCUAUGCAUUAAUCUCGUAGAGGGAGUUAGGAUAGAGGGAAGACUGAUCUGAUCUUCGCCGGGUAGGUCGGGAAGGGAAGGACCCUUCUUUCUUCCUUUCUUUCAUUUCAUUGAUCUGAUCACCCAUCCAUCCAUCAUCUACAACAUCCCAUCACAUCGUCAUAUCAUAUCAUGUGCACGUGAAUGUAUGGAAACAAGAUCAGCCAAACGAAAGAAACUGCUCCUCCUCAAUGAAGCCCAAUCCCAGCAGCAACAGCAACAGGUUUCUCCAAUUUCUCCUCCACCGCCCCAUCCCCAACGGGAUGAAGAUCGGAUCAGCGAUCUCCCCGACGACAUUAUCCAUCGUAUCUUCUUCUUCUUGCCCAUCAAGUCCAUUGCACGCAUGGGCGUCUUGUCUAAGAGAUGGAACCAUCUCUGGAACUCCUUUCCCCACCUGGAUUUCACUACCGUUGAGAACGCUGAAUCAUCACUCUCCAUCUUCGCCAGGAAGAAGACCAGUCCACGAUCUUCCAAUUCCUAUUUGUCGUAUGUCGAUCAGAUUUUGGACCUUCUCCAAAAGCAUUCGGACAUGAGGGUCCUCAAGUUCCGAGGCUUCUUGACCUUUUCUAAAUUAUCCUGCUUGGUCCGCCAAGCUGUGAAGCACAACCUCCAAGAACUUGAUUUGGAGGUAUCCACGUCUGACUACUUCAACUUUCCUCGGAGCAUCAUCACCUGUGGAUCUCUUCGGGUACUCAGAUUGCGGGCUUUGCAUCCUGGUUUCAGAUUGCCCCAUUUGCAAAUCGUCAAGGACGGCUUCCAAUCCCUAACCUCUUUGUGCCUCUGCCGCCCAGUCUUCCACGACAGGCCAUCCCUCCUAGACUUGUUCACAUCCUCCUCGUUCCCUCUGCUCAAGAAGCUGGGUUUGGAGGCCUGUUUCGGCCUCAAACAUCUCCGAAUUGAAUGCCCUGCGUUGGAGGAUCUGUGCUUGGAGAGCUGCUUUCAGUUGGAGGAUCUUGAAAUUUCUGUCCAGAAACUACACAGACUUAGGGUAUCCAGCUGCUUCACCACCUACAGUAGUAGCUGUUGGGUGAAGAUCAAUGCCCCUGCCCUCGAAAUCCUGUUAUGGUCGUAUAACUCUGUGACGGAUGAAUGCAGUUUGCACAACUUGACCCGUCUGCGCGAGGUCUUCAUCGGCUUCUUCCUCGUGUCCGAUAAUCUAAGUGCAGCGAAGAUGACAAGUGUACUUAAAUUCUUGACUGGAGUUUCAAGUUGCCGGUCUCUGACGGUGGAAUCCCAUUGCAUACAGAUUCUGUCGAAACACAGCCUAUUCUUAGAAGGAAGCGCAUUGUGCCCUUUCAAGGAUCUCAAGUCAUUGGACUUGACAACCAGCAGCUUCAGCAAGCACGACACUGCUGCAAUGGCGGCUCUGUUCAGGAAUGCUCCUGCUGUUCACACUCUCAGCAUCAGGAUUUUGAGUAAUCAGAGGGUAGAAGGACGAGGACAGCAGCAGCAGCAAUGGAACAAGGAAUUAUGGGGUGAGCCUGGAGAAGAAGGAUACUCGUACUGGGAGUCACAAUUAGAAUGGUUGAGGGAGUUUUUUGAGAGCUUAAAAGUGGUGAGGAUCCACGGGUUUAGUGGAGUAUGUGGCAACAACGUGAGCUUGGUGAAGUUUCUGCUCAAGCAUGGGAAGGCGUUGGAGGAAGUGUUGAUAGCGGGAGGGGGAGGGGUAGCCGCUCUCCCCAAGCGCACCAGUCGCAGAGGAGGAGGACGAAGACGCUCACGCUCACUCCUGCUGCUGCGACACAAAAUUAGGUCACAGAUUAUGGCCUUAUCUCGGGCUUCUUCACAUGCUAAGAUUGUUUUCCGGUAGGGUAGGUAGUAGGUAGUAGGUAGUAGGUACCAUAUCAUCAUAAUCAAUCACAUAUAUGCUUUGCUCUGCUCUGCUUGCACUUGCUAGUUGCGGCUACUUAUAAUUAUUAUUAUUACUGAGUUUAUAAUUAAUUAAUUCAUUCAUUCA